UGAUCGUCGUCUCAGCGGCAGGAGACCCAGUUGUCGAUACAGACUGGUCUUGGAUGAAGCGCGAGGUCUCCUGUGAAAGACUUGUGUAUGUGUAAGAAAACUGGUCGGACUCCGACGGUCCAAGAGCUAAAAGAAAACAUUUCCAGAGAGCAGAUAUGGUGCAAGAUGGAAUUCUCUCACGGAUCUCAGUCGGGACUUCAAACGAUGGAAAUUUCAGCUCUCUAUGCCCCAAUGGAUCUGUCUGGGUUUGGGAAGGACUCGGGGAAUGCGCACAGGACGCUCGGGACAUGGCCAGUGUUAUCCUUGGCCUGCUGUCCAUAGUGUGUUUUAUGGUAUCAUCGCUCCCACAAUACUACAGCUCCUGCCGCACAGGAAAUAUGGACCAGGCUCUGUCCAUUUGGUUCCUGUUGCUGUGGUUGUCAGGUGACACAUGCAAUCUGGUGGGAUCUUUUCUUGCCGACCAGCUGCCUCUACAGACAUACACUGCGGUUUACUAUGUGUUAGCAGACAUCUUGAUGCUGGGACUGUACAUGUACUACAAGACAAAGAACAAGUUUAGCAGCAACAAUGGCACAUUGAAUGCAUUUGGUGUGCUUUGCCUCCUGGGGAUGUCCAGUCUUGUUGCCCUGCCAGGGUCCACUUUGGACAAGCAGGUAGCACCUGUAGCGCAUAGCAGCCGAACGUUACUUUCAGUAUCAGAGGAGCACCCUACAUUGGAGCUGGCAGCCUUCAGUACCAGGGAGAUCAUUGGCUUCACCAUCGGGUCUGUGUCCUCGGUUAUGUACCUGUGCUCUCGACUGCCCCAGAUCUACACUAACUACACGAGAAAGUCCACAGAAGGUGUGUCCUUCUUCCUGUUUGCACUGGUCAUCCUGGGGAACACGACCUACGGCCUGAGCGUGCUGUUGAAGAACCCCGAACGCAAUGAAGGGGAGGUCAGCUACGUGAUCCACCACCUGCCCUGGCUGAUUGGCAGUCUUGGUACACUCUGCCUGGAUGUAUUCAUCUCUUUGCAGUUCAUGACUUACAAAGGCAACAGUCGAGACCCGGCCUCCAGCGAUGAAAACGCACCUCUCCUUGGCAACUAAGACCAACUGUCAGUGUGCUGGACUGUAGAAACCAAAUUUAUUUUAGUUCUUGCUUUUAUUUUUUUAAUCAUAUUUAAGUGUGUUAUGGUUUUAUAUUAUCGUCAGACUUGACUGGUAAUAUUCUGGAAGGAGUAUAAUUUUUUUUUUUUUUAAAGUGGGAAAACUAUGAGUAUAUUCCUUCUAUAUGCUCUUAAUUGUUUUAAUGUUGAAAAGGGACCUCAUUGAAAAUGAGAAUUCUUGUGAACACAGUGAAACAUUUGCACAAAGCCUUUUCUGAUGACACUAGUUACCAAGUAUUUUUAAAAUAAGAGCAAGGUUGCCCUCCAAUGGUGUUCUCUUGUACUAGUCACAGGAUUGUUAUGAAUAUAGCCCAGAUUGUUCUCACUUUUUUCCCUUCUUUAUUCCUCUCUUUGUUUAAUCACUAUUUCCGAAGACUUUUCAAUGCUGUGAUGCCGUAUUGGUACUGUAAUUUUAUGAAUGUACUUUCUAAAUAUCGUCAUUGUAAAGUUUUUCCAAUGAUCACAGAUUGUUUACAGAAUUGGUUGGAGUGGGGGAAGGUGAACUGCUUUCCCCCCCUUUUAUUCUCUUUGUCCUGUAAGAUAUAUAUAUGCCUUGGAAUAUUUGUCAGUGAUUUGUCAGAAAAGGUCACACAGAACUGUGUACUAAAGAUUUUUUGAGACAAA